AUGCACGGGUGUAGGAUAUGCCAGUCAGCCUCAGUCUUUGAGGCUCAAACGCUCCGCUGUGGACAUCAGUUCUGCAAGGAAUGUCUCCUAUCUCUCCUGCCGGACUCCAGCAACUUUUCAGUAUCAAUCCUGCCUCAACACAUUGCCAUCAUCGUCUGUCCUCGUUGUCACGAGAAAUGCGAGUACUCCCGAGUGCACGAAGAGCGCCACCGCGGGAAAGCCGUGAGAACUGGUACGGCGCCCUCGCCGUUCGCGGACGAAGCGGAGAGGAGAAGGCUUCGCAAGAGGGCGCAAUUCAUCCAAGUGUACAAGCGAGAAACUGUCCAAUGGAACAGAAAAUCGAGGUCUCGUUUGCUACUGGAGGAGGACCAAUUCCCAGUUCAACAUUUUCGUCGUAAGGAUAGCACCUCCUUGCUGGCGAGUCACACUUUCAGACGGACACGAAACAAGGGUUAUCAACCCAUCGGGCAUGGAGGACCGAGUUGCUGGGUGCCAAGGGGCAUACGCGCCGAUGACGUGAGGGCCAUCGACCACGUCAACGGCCGCUUCGUCGCCUGCAUCAUCGUCUCUGACCCGGGCAGGACAACGGACGCGCACGCUGGUAGGAGGACAUCCCCGCAUGCCGACGCACAGCUACCGAGACGGGUUGGUUCGACCUCGCCGUACGCUGCUGCAACGCCACGCCUUGAAUACCACCGAUCUCCCGAGCAAGGGACGGAGUCGUGCCCGCUUCGAGUUAGUGCAGCAAAAUUCGUCACGGCAACAGGCCACUCUACCGUUUCGUGUUGCUCGGACCCGAACACUCGACAAGGCAUUGCGGCAGGGAUGUUUGUUCUCCUCCUGAUUGCUAUAAUCGUCACGACGUCGAUAAUAAGUGCGUCAUAAUUAUCGAUGGCUGAUGAUUUCUUGAACAUUCAAAAGUUAAAUAUGAGUGGUAUCGAAUCGGAAACAUACCCGGAUAAAUUGAACAAGUUGGCUGACCUGCCUCUGGUUUUGGAAAAAGGUUCUCGGUGUUGAUCGUUUUUUGAAUACUCUAUUAAAAUUGUUACCCUGUGGUAAAGUGUAUAUUGCCAGGUUUACA